CCAGUGUUACAGAGGGUGUGUUUUUUUUUCGUUAAAAAGGAACCUAUUCUGUUAAACCAUCCAUGGUCUUAUAUAAUUCAUAAUUCCUGUAUGAUACAGUUUGUUUAUUCCUCAUGUGCUAUGCAUUUAAAUAAGUUGCAUAGAUUUACUUUAUCUGUAUUUCAUUUAAAAAAGCAAGAAACAGACACAGGAUGAAAAUGUUAUAAGUGUGCUGUAUAAACCUGAGUGUAUGAGUUAAAAAGGUCAUGCAUGCCAGAGGGACACUUCAUUGGCUGGGAAUGCACCGGAAGAACGGGGGAGAGGGUGGAGUGAAGGAGGCAGGAUACGAAAAGAGAGGAAGUUCGUUUUUUGUUUUUUCCUUCGGUGUGCGGUCCUGUUUUUUUUCUGCGAGGUGAGAGUAAAAGAAGGUAGAAAAAGAGACAUUUUGCUCGGAGGGAAAACCGGUGACGGAGAACCACGGUGUUUUCUAUCUGCUCUGCGGGCAUAGUUGCAUUGAGUAUAGUUUAUAUGUUCGCCGAGUGAACGAGUCUCAACCCAGCGCGGGACCGGCCCAGAAAAGUUAGCCACUGCCAGAUGCGGCUCGUAGCUACUCAAGUUAGCGCCCUGGUUUCCGAACAACCAGUGGUUCCACUGAAGUAGCCGGCGUGGGAGCAACUCUGCCCGGAUAGCGCCCUGGUGGCCAGGAAAGCCAGAGGCUCCUCCGGCGACGAGGGAGGGACUUCAUCAGCCGCCCGGUCGGACCUCUCGUGCGGCUAGGACACAGGGUUUUCCCCGUUUCACUGGAAGACUGGGACUACGGUACUGUGAGUAAAGGACCGUUGGAGAAGGACUAUUUCUUCAGCUAAACCAGUUAACAGGCCUGCAACGAUUUGUUUUGGGAUAUUUUCUUUUAUGUGCCGGCUAUAUUUUUUUUUGUACCUGCGCAGGUGUUUUUGAAGCUUUUGUGUUAGUGUGGCCACCCGUUUUCUGUCAGGUUCAGAUGUGAUCUGCCGUUAGUGGCUAAAGAGUACUUUCUGUACUGUGGGGGGGGGGAUUUAUGAGGAAAUGAUCGUUGGUGUUAUUUGGUGUGUUUAAAAUAAAUGUUUAUUUGAAAUAUAUAUAUGCCUGAAGUUUGACCACUCACUGAAUAGUUCCAUAUUUUGAGGUAUAGCUACAGAGAACCCACCACGCUUAAGUGAUCAUAGGACAUGAUUUGGGUUACAUAAAAUGGCGACGAGGAUGGGAUUGAUUUAAAUAAAUAAAAAAAAAAAAAAAAAAUUUACAGUGAGUGGAGUAGUGUGCAGACUAGACUAGUUGAAGCCGAACCAAAGUAGUUGUUGCACAAACUUAAUAAGACAACAGUAACAAUGUCAUUUCUGCUGAACUGGUGCCAGGGAGAAGGGGUAGACCCAGCUCAUGCAUUAAUAGUCAAAAGUGUUCCUAAAGAUGCCCUUAAUAAAGUUAUUGAGGGCCAUCUGAACGCUAUUAAGUGUCUUGGACGUGUCAAAGUGAAAGGGCGGAUGUUUGAUCCCGAAACUCAGGGCCUUGUUGUGCUAUGUGUAUGUAGCGAGACAGUGAACAGCGAUGCCAUUCCCCCAGAAGUGAGGCCUGAAGAGGGAGAUCCAUGGCAACUGAGUAUACCCAUUGACUUAAGUGCUCUACCAGGGGUUACCUCUGGCACCCCCAUAACUAUGGUUACCGACUCAGAUGCUGGAGUAGCAGGUACCCCUGAUACCUCCAGUCCCAGUGACCCACAUUUCACCGCCCUUCUUAAAACAGUGGGGGACAUACUUGAGAAAGUCCCUAGGCCAAUUGCCCCAGAGAAUACAGCUUUUCGAAGGUUGCGUCCCUUUUCGGGGACUGCACCUACCCCCAACGGAGAAGAGAACCUCGAUACUUGGCUUAUGCAGGCCCGCUUAAUGGUUGAUGAAUGUGAGUGUUCAGACAGUGAAAAGCGCAAACGAAUUAUUGAAAGUCUCAAGGGUCCAGCACUGGAAAUUGCACAGGCUGUUAGGUCCAGCGAUCCCCACGCCACUCCCCAAGAUUAUCUGGGAGCUUUGGAACAAGCAUUUGGUUCGUCUGAGUCGGGGGAAGAUCUAUACUAUGCUUUCCGGGCGUUACGACAACGUUCAGGGGAGCGACUCUCUGAUUUUUUGCGACGUAUGGAACACGCCCUGACUAAAGUAGUGUUCAGAGGCGGGGUGAUGGCAUCACAAAGAGAUCGUAUAAGAGUUGAGCAACUUCUCCGAGGGGCGGUGGAAUCUGAUUUGAUGCUGGUGCAGCUGAGGCUUCGUGAACGCAAAGAGACACCUCCGUCCUUUUUGCAGUUAUUAAAAGAGAUAAGAGAGGAAGAAGACCAACAAGCUAUGCGGCAGAGGCCAGGCCUCUCAGUUACAAAAACGGCCGUUAGGCAAGUACGAGCUACUGAUGGACGAGCUUAA